UAGAUUCAGAGCUAGAACAUGUCCUGACACCUGCGGAUUUUCUACAAAUGGAUAGAUGUAUCAGUGUAGAAACAGCAUCAGAUAACAUUCCAUUGCAAGGGACAUCGACAAAGACCAACUUAGUCCAGGGCUGGAGAAGAGCUCGUAUACUGUUAGAAGAAUUUAAAGAAAUGUUUAGUAAUCGCUACUUACCGAGCUUACGUGAGAGAUACAGUCACUCGCUCAAACAACCACGUGUGACUUCAAAACUUAUCCCAAAAGAAGGCCAGUUGGUUCAGUUGAAAGGAGAUAAAAAUCGUGAAGGCUGGAAAGUAGGUAAAAUAGUUUCUUUAAUUAAGAGUUCUGAUGGUUUAACGAGAGUGGCUCAAGUGAAAGUAGGAGACACUAUAUUUACCCGUUCUAUUGCUCACUUAUAUCCGCUUGAAGUAGAAGACGGUGUCCAAUGGGAACCGAUACUUCAAGAUGCAAAACAAUAUUCUGAAGUCCAAAAAUUAUCUAAUGAAGUUUCCAAAGAGUUGGUAACUGCACCAGAUACUGUUACAAUAGAAUCGGUGAACGCACAAAAGGAAACGUUAAAUGAUAAUGACAUUGAAAUGAGACAAAUUGAAAACAUAGAUGAGACGGAAAAUACAGCAGAUGUUGCAAAUAAUGAAGCAGACAUAGAGACUGAGAGCAUGGAAAAGGAUAGAGUUGUAAAUGAUCUGAGAGAUGAUUCUGAUGUGAGGGACAAAUAUUUGAUGACAACGAAUGAGGAUACGGAAGAACGAUCCGAAGACAUUGGUCACAAGCGAGUUGCAGCGGUCCGAGCCCUUGAAAAGAUAAGGGAAUGGACGCGCAAUUUGCUUACCUUGUUGUAAUCAACCGUUCUCGGCGGGAGUGUCGCGGAAACCGCGAAUGUAAAUAUUGUAUAUAGCAACACCGAUACUCUAUGAUGGUGAUACGGUUGCACACUAGCCUGUCAAGGACAGUGGUUUCCAGUGGCUGGUACAUCGGUCACUUACAGGUGGCAGGAUUGAAGGUGAGAGUAACAGAUUGCAAUAAUAGAUUCAUAAUAAAUAACUAGAAUCUGGGCGAUUUGCUUCGCUAUCUGAAGACGCAGUAGUUAGUCUUCCCCCCUACAGAGA